AUGGUACAAACUCGUGCUAACACUGACCCCGAACAGGUCUAUGCAGAAUUCUUUCGAAAAUGCAAAGACGAGAAGGUACUUGAUAUGUCACUAUUCCAACUAAUCCCCAUCAAACUACUAGAGACGAGGGCAUUAGAAAAGAAGAUCGCACUUGAAGAUCUCGUCGAAGUGAGAGACAAGUACUUGGACACAUGCCAUCCAGAUUGGAUACGUAAGUUCAGAGCUCUGGUGAGCGAACUACAGAAGAAGGCUAUACCGCAGCUUGACCUCACUCCACUAUUGACGACGAGAGAAUUCAGAGAUGCACAAAGGAAUG